AUGGCAGUCGCAGCACCAAAGUAUCGUAAGGACGAUGUCCAAGCGAACGCCUCGGCCUCGGCGUCAGGACGAGCCGCCGCUAGCCGCAGCAACGAGUCGAGCUUCACAGCAUUCGCCCGAGUCUUGCAGGCAUGCAAGGACCUCGAGCCUGCCGCAAGGAUAGACCACGAUGACGGCACGGCUCUCCUCUUUGCAGAAGUAUGCUCUGCCCUCGGAGAAGAAGCUCUCGACGAUGCUGGCUACGUCGACCGCCGCCAAGAUCUGAACCUUGAAGAUGACGACCGAGCGGCAUGGAUCCUGGAGCAGAACACCUGGAAACUGGUGCACGCACUCACAUCCGAGAGGCUGCACAGAGCCGAAAGAGAAUCGCGAGAUGGAGCAGAGGAAACGGAUACGACUUCCAUUCAGCCAUACGAGACACCACUCGCAGCGAUCCAAUCCAUCUUCGAGGCAAACGAACAGCUCAACGAGCUUCGCAUUAUCCGCGAAUGGCUGCAGGAUGCGCUCGAGCCAAGACAUGUUGUCGAGGUGCGCAAGGGCUACCUAUCCUUCACCAAGAAUCGCGUUCGCGCAGAGAAGCGCUCGUCCGUCGGUUCUGGGCCCAGCUCGAGCGACGGACGCAAACCCACUUUUGGCUCGGCGGCCAGCUCGAGCUUCGCACCCAAGAACCGCGGCAAGGCUGUCAAGAAUCUCGACCCCGAUGCAGUCUCGCGAGGCGAAGGCGGCCUUGAGCUCGAAGACGCCACGUACGAGAAAGCGCUGCUAAGGACGCUCUUCGAAUACGCGCGUGCCGGACGACUGGACGCCGCCUUCGACCUUUGCCAUCAGACCGACCAAAGCUGGAGGGCUGCUACUCUUCGCGGUGCCAUGCUCUACCACGAUCCUGCCCUGAGCCCCGAUCUUCCGGACGUCGACCGCGUUGUGGGAAACCGCAAUCGCGCUCUCUGGAAGUCGACGUGCCGCAAGCUGGCGUCCAAUCCCAACCUGGACGAAUUCGAGCGCGCCCUGUACGGCUCGUUGGCCGGCGAGCUCCAGCCGGUGGCCAACGUCAGUCAGAGCUGGGAGGAGUACCUGUGGGCCUACGUCAACGCAAAGCUCGAGGCUGCCGUCGAUGUCAAGCUCGACGACAGGCACGGAUGGUGGAGCCAGGAGGCAGACGUGGAGCUGUUCGGAGACGGAGAGCACGGUGCUGUCAAGCUCGCGCAAGGUGCUUCGUCCUCGUCCUCGGCUGCUGCCACUCAUGCCGGAUCCGGAGCAGAAGGAGCUCCGAAAGCUGAGGUGGAGCUUGGCUCUCUGUCCGGCGUCUUUGACAAACUCAGCCAACUGCAGUCGCACAGCAUCCAUCUGCAGGCCAACGACCCGUACCGACUGGUGCAACGAAGCAUCAUCUCCAACAACCUCCCAGAGCUGUUCAACCGCUUUGCGGACAACCUCGGCGACAUGCAGACUGCAUUGGAGCCAGCGACGUUUGCGCGUCUGCUGCGCUUCUUUGCGCACCUGAUUCUCUACCUCCGCCUGCUUUCCAUCUCGUUGCCCGACUUUGCAUGCAACGCGAUCCUCAGCUGCUACGUGCAGGUCCUCGAGGUAGCAGGCGAGACCGACCUCGUUGCCAUGUACGCCAGCUCGCUCGAGCCACAAUCAGCGACGAGGAGCUACGCCAACUUCCUGCGCUCCAUGGAUGUCAAUGCCAGCCGCGAGGCCAAAGCACUCGCUCUGCGGCGAGCCGAGGAGCACAGCCUCGAUCUGGCGGCUGUUGCGAGGUGUACGGUGGACAUCGUAUUCGACGAGCUCUUCCCCAGCAUCACAUCCGACUUUGAUGAGCCGCUCAGCUUUGCGGCAGGUGGUCCGAAAGGGAAGGCGGGAGCGGCAAGGUUGGAUGCGACCAAGUUCGAUGUGCAUCUGGAUGCGAAUGAAGAGGCGCUCGUCAGGGCGAUCGACUGGCUCACGUUCGACCCGGCGACGUUCGCCGAUGCCAUCACCCAAUCCAACGCGCUCACGCGGCUCUUCUUGUCAACGGGACGACUGCACGCUGCCAAGGUGCUGCGAGACCGCAUGCCGAGCGAGGUUGUAUCGAGCGUCGACAGUCUAGACAUCCCGAUGGAUCAAAGCAUCGAGCGUUCCGGAUGGGACACGUUUUUCACCGCACUCGAAGCGCACGUGGCUUACAAGCACUUUUGGACCACUCGACCUGCCGACGCGGCUGCAUUCAACGCCAGCCAAAGCGAGACGGCGCAAGUGCCGCGCACGGGCGGUCUGUCGAGGCUGGAGAGGAUGAAUUGGGCCAAGGCGCUCAGUCAGGUGGUCGAGCAGGCGCGCGAUUUGGACCUCGUCCUGCUGCAGCGCGACUGGCUCAAGAUGCCGCUGAGCGACGCCGAGGGCGGCCUGGAGGUGGAACGCCGGGCGCGCGAGCUGUUCGACAUCCGCCAGACCUACAUUCCCGAGAUUGUUUUCCGGCUGCACGACAUGCUGGCCGAGUCGUCGAGCGUGCUGCCGGAGAAUCUGGGCAUGGCGAUGCGACUCUCGGAAAUCGUCGCCGACGAGCGCCACAAGAUCUACCUCGAAUUCAUCCAGAACGGGCGCAACCUGCUGCAAGACUACCUGCUGCGCGUACGCGAGGCUUCGCUGCUCCUGCUCAACAACGGCGGCGACGUCUUUGAAAAGGCCGCCGAAUCGUGA